AUGGACUCUGCGCCCGUCGCGCAGCAGCCAUCCCCCUCGCCGUUUCUUCAGCCCGGUCUGAAAACGCAGCAAAACAGCCUGGCAAUCAUCAGCCUCUCCAAGGAUCGCUUUCAACCCAUCACGCUCCAGCAAUCGGCCGGCGCAGUCGACGGGUACGCCGAGGGCGUGACGCUCAACACUCGCUUCGGCUCGUUCCCACAUUCCACCUUGCUGGGCAUUCCCUGGGGCUCACAGGUCCGAGCCUCGGUCGUCGACACCGGCUCCCGAGGGCGCAAACGCCGGCGCGGUGAAGUCGACGACGAGGAACCAACAAGCUCCAACGCAGAUGACGGCAACGACACGCCGACCUCGUCGGCCCCGGCCAAGAAGGCCAUUGCUGCCUCGAGCGGCUUCAUUUACGUGCUGAGACCGACGCCGGAGCUGUGGACGAGCUGCCUGCCCCACAGGACGCAGGUUGUCUACACGCCCGACUACAGCUACGUGCUGCAGAGGAUCAGGGCGCGGCCGGGGUCGAGGAUAAUCGAGGCCGGGGCUGGCAGCGGUAGCUUCACGCAUGCCGCUGCGCGCGCGGUAUACAACGGCUAUCCCGGGUCCGACGCGGACGUCCGGGGCAAGGUCUUCAGCUUCGAGUUUCACGAGCCUCGGUUUCGGAAAAUGCAGGCCGAGGUCCAACACCACCUGCUCGAGGGACUCGUCCACGUCGCGCACCGAGACGUCUACGAGGAAGGAUUCCUGAUCGACGGCAAGUCGCCCAGGGCCACGGCAGUCUUUCUCGACCUGCCGGCUCCGUGGGAAGCCCUGCACCAUUUAUGCAGACGCAAAACCCUCAAGGGGGUUCGGCUAGACGAGCGCCCGGGCGACUGGGAGUCCCCUCUUGACCCUGACCAGAGCGCCUACAUAUGCACCUUUUCCCCCUGCAUCGAGCAGGUGACGCGGACCGUCGCAGAGAUGCAGACGCUCGGUUGGGCAGACAUUGACAUGGUUGAGAUUGCGCACAAGCGAUUCAACGUCAUGAGGGACCGCGUGGGCGCCAGCACCACUCCCAACGACGUGGCUGAAGCCGUCAAGAAGCUAAAGGGCGAUCUCAAGCGCACCCAGGACUUUCACCGCACGCAAGCCUCCCAGCCAGUCUCGGACGCCUCGGAAAGCAAAAUGGAGGUAGACGGCCCUACCCCCGACUUGACGGGCAAGGGCGCGGCCAAAGACGAGGAGGAAACGCCUCCCUGGCUGCAGGGCAACGUGGUCCACCGCACGGAAAACGAAAUCAAAACGCACACUUCGUACCUCGUCUUUGCCAUCCUGCCUCGCGAAUGGGACCAAGAAGCGGAGGAGGCGGCCAUGGCCAAAUGGCCCUGCGGCAACGAAAGCAAGACCAUAGGCAACUUGGACAAGCAGACCCGGAAGCAGGAAAAGAGGGAGCUCUUGGCGGGCAAGAGGCAAAAGACGCAAAAAAUCGUAAAUGAUGCCCCGACAGCUUUGUAG